AUGUUACAGAUGCUGAGUAGUAGUGUAGUCGACUGGAUGCUACCAACAGGUGACAUAAAGGCAGUUUUCAACGAUAUACCUACUGGGCAUACACCAACUAAUUCGACAGAUGAAAGUUUUCGAGAUUUUUCAAAAUGGGAGAAUUUAAAUACUCCGACACCUCUUGACAAAGAGUCUGAUUACUUUAUCUAUCCACCGAAUUCAGCAAUUAGAGUCGAACCAAUCGUUGGAGUUGAACAAAAUAUACAUACUCAAAAUAUUGUGGGAUGUAAUACUGAUAAUUUACAGAUACCUGGAGCACAGUAUAUAAAACCUGAUGAUGAUUAUUUGACUCAACCACCAAUUCAAUCUUCACUAGUUUACUGGAAUUUAGAACCAUAUCCUAAUACAUCUCCCAUUCAAGAAAUCGAAUCCGAUAUACAAAAUGAAACGUUACCAUUGCUAUCACCUAUAACUCCAGUACAUGAUUAUGAAUCAAAUGUUAAAAUUGAUCACUGGUCUACAGACGCUAUAUUACACUCAACAAAAUCGAACGUCGACAUAAUCUCUAAUUAUACAUGCCUGUAUAAUAAUGCAUUCACUUCGAUGGAGACUCCGACAUCAUGGGCUACAUACCAUGAUAACAACACAAGUAACACCAUUAUCAGCAACAAUGUCGUUAACAAUAGUGUACACACAAUGGACCAAAGAAACUAUAUGGGUCCAGAAACUAUCCACACAUGCUCAACGUGUCCUACUGUUAUGUCAGGAAGUACUAGCGAAAUAAGUGAUCAGAAAUUUAAUCCACAGAGUAGUGAAUAUUGUUUUAAUACUACUUGUGGAGGAGUUAUGCAAGCCAAGUUAUCACCUAUCCAUCAAAAUAAUACAUGUCCAAAGCUGUGUGAUCAACAAAAACCAUUUGUUUGUGGUAUGUUAAAUUGUAAUAAACGUUUUGUAAGAAUUGAUGAACUUAGGCGUCAUCAACGUACACAUAGUGAAGUUAAACAAUUUGUAUGUGAUAUCUGUAAGAAAGGAUUUACGCGUAGUGAUCAUUUAAUGACACAUCGUCGUACACAUACAGGUGAAAGACCAUAUGAAUGUAAAAUAUGCGAUCGACGAUUUGCACGUUCUGAUGAACGUAAUCGUCAUGCUAAAACACAUAUGCGUGAUAGACCAAGAAGAGGACGUAAACCAAGAAAUGCAAUUGUACAACCAAUUGUCACAACAACAACCAAUAUAUCGUCAACAGUAACAACUAAUUUCCCUAUUUACAAUGUACUUCCAUGUUAUACGAUGGAUUACACGAAAAAUCAUGCUGCAUUGAUGCAUGAGAACAACACCAAUAAUAAUGAGUGA